AUGUCAGACGGCGCUAAUCGCAACAGCGGCAACGGUGGCAAGCGGUCGCAGACUGUUUCCGGUUCUGCCGAUCAUCCAGACCGCAUCAAAAACAUCACACAUUCCAGUAGCACAGAGAAUGCAAUCGAACUUUGCGAUUUAGACCCACAGAAACACAAUACCAUCCCUAGAAAAGGCAGCAGUAACAGUAAUAGUGGCCGGCGAAAGCAGGACCGCGUUGAACUGCCAGUUAUUGACACUGACGUUAUUCGGCGGACAAACGUCGGUGGGUCGCAGAGCAUGCCGCCGUCGCCGACCUCAGCAGCCCUAUCAAGCGGCAGCCUAUUGUCUCCUCCAAAGCUGGCAGCGCAGAGCUUGCAACGGCAACUGAGCCAGCAAAAGCAUCCCUUAGCAGCUGCAGCAGGAGGAACUGCCGGACAUGUGAAGAGCGGGCGGAUGACAAAAAUCCCGCACUACGGUCGCCUGCGAAGCGUCACAGCGCGCGUACUACGCAUGAUGGACCCGCGCACACUGGCUAACCAGCUUAAACAGCAGCAGCAGAAGCAGCAAAAGCUGGCCGAUGAGAGCGCAAUUGCAGGCGCAGGUGCAGGCGUAGCAGGCAUGCUGAUUGAAGAUGACGGAGGUGGUAUGCACGGGAACACGGCGGCGGGUGUUCUUGGACAGAGCGUCGUAGACACCAUGAGGGAUGUGACGGCGGCAGGCAGGCGCAAGAGGCGGCACAGCUACGGGUCGGUGCCGCUAGGUACGCUGCUGUCGCUGGAGCUUGCGCAGCGUAAUAGUAUUGACAGGGGCGCAUUGUCUGCACAGCGAUGGAGCCGGAGCCUGUCGCGGCAGCCGACGCGUGGCAGCCAUGCUGAUUCGGUGUCUGAGUUUGAGCCCGAGGCCGAAUCGCUGGCGCCCAGCGAGCACCGCUUUCUGGCAUCUGAGGCGCAGAGCAUUGCCGGUGGCUUGGCUCAGGCAGCGGCAGCGUACGACUCGAUCAUCGCGAUUCCGAUGCCCGGCUUUUUCCUAGACGCAGCGUCGGACGAGUGGACCGGCGGCCACUCGUUCCGACAGCGCAUGCGCUACCCUGACGAGGACAUCGCUGUGCCGGCGUCGCUGACCAAGCGCGUGCACUACGAGGUAUCCUACGACUACCCGAAGAACGUUAUCUCGACAGCACGCUACAACGUCGUCACGUUUUUGCCGGCGCAGCUAGCGGCGCAGUUUUCCAAAGUGGCCAAUAUUUACUUUUUGUUCAUUGCUGCUCUGCAGCAGGUGCCCGGGUGGUCGACGACCGGCCGCUGGAGCACCGUAUUACCGCUGUGCGUCUUUGUCAGCCUAUCGAUUGCCCACGAGGGCUUUGACGAUCUGAGGCGGCAUCGGAUGGAUCACGCGGAGAACACACAGCGUACGCGUGUGCUCAAGGUCAAGGUGCAUGACCGCGAGCGCGUGUCGUUCCGGCUCCGCGAGCUGCGCAGCCGCGGUUCGCACAGUAUCCACAGUUUCCGCAUGCGCAGCUCGCAGAGCAUCCACGACAUUGGCCGCAAUACGCUGGACGGCGCCAGGCGUUGGGCCAGCAACGCCAUUGGCAUCGGGUCGACUAUCAAACAGUCCAUUGUUUCGCGCAUGGCCGAGAAGCGCCGCAAGCAGCGCGAGCUCGAGGACUCGGACGACGAGGAUGAGCAGCCAGCGGCCGCUGGUGCUGGCGAUAAUGCCGAGGGGAAACUUGGCGAUGACGACGCUGCUGCCAUAGGCGAGUAUGGUGCCGAGUCUCUGCUUAGGCAACGCAUCACCCGCGGUGUGAUGAGUCUGCGCAGCUUGCGCACUGCCACGCAGCGGGGAGGCGACUCGCAGGCGGCGACACCUACCGAUGCUACUGCGACGUUUGCCGGCGACAGUAGCGAGCCCGUGGACAACGGGGAUGACGGCGACGGCGACACUCCCAAUGGGACCCAGUUCGUGCCUCGUCACCAGCGCCAAGCGUCGCGGGUGGGCGGCGCCAGUCUGGCAAUAAGUGGUGAGCCCAUCUACCGGCGGCGCGAAGGCCCGAUGGUUGCGUUCAACGAUGUUGUCGAAGAGAUGUCCUUUGGCGGCGAUGCCGAAGACAGCGAGCAAAUCAUCAACCCGCUACCAGAAAACAUGAGCUGCCGGUGGAAGAACAAGCGGUGGGAAAACGUGCAGGUCGGCGACUUGAUGAAGAUUCAGAAGGAUGAGUGGAUCCCAGCCGACUGCAUCGUCAUUGCGUCAACGGGCUUUGACGGCACGUGUUUUGUGGAGACAGCGGCGCUGGACGGCGAGACAACGCUGAAGCAGAAACAGGCCCUGGAUGCGACCAACUCAGAGAUCCAGACGCCCGAGCAGCUGGCGGCCUUCAACGCCUUUACAUACGUUGAGCCGCCGUCGCCCGAGCUGUAUAACUUUGAGGGAUACAUGGAGAUUGACGGCAAGCGCUUCCCUUUGACGCCCAACCAGCUGCUGCUGCGCGGCUCAGUGCUGCGCAACACCGCGUACGUGUUCGUGCAGGUCGUCUACUCAGGCGAGCAAACGCGGCUGCGUCUCAACGCCACGCGCAACGUGCGCACAAAGGCGCCGCAGAUCCAGCGCAUCACCAAUCGCAUUGUCAUUCUGGUAUUUGCGCUCCUCCUGGUACUGUGCUUUAUCUUUUCGGCCCUGGGCAUCACGUGGAACAACUCGGGCCGCAACGGCCACUGGUACCUGGACGGGAUGCGGAUGCCGGCGACGGCUCUGAUCUUUGGAUACCUGGUCAUGAUGAACGCGCUGAUUCCCAUCUCGCUGUACGUGACGCUGGAGGCUGUCAAAAUCUUCCAGUGCUGGUUCAUCCAACAGGAUCUCAGCAUGUACCAUGCGGAGAGCGACACGAGAGCUGAGGCGCGCACGACAGCAAUUAAUGAGGACCUCGGCAUGGUGCGCUACGUUUUCAGCGACAAGACAGGCACGCUGACGGAGAAUAUCAUGAAGCUGCGCGCUGUUAUGGUGGCCGGCUUCUCGUAUCUGCACGUCGACCUGGACCGUUUGCAGCAGCAGGCCAAAGACAGCUCAGUACCAGCGACAAACCCGCUGACAGGUGAGGCUGCUUUUUCUGCCAAUGAUCAGCAAGGCGCCGGCGGUGGAUUGCCAAACAUGAACCGCAGCACGUCCAAGCUGUCCUUUUUGCGGCCAAGCACGCCGUCCCAGCAGCAACAGGGCACAUCGGGACGCCAGUCCCCAUCGAUAUUCAAGUCGCCGAUAUUCAUGAGGGAGCACCGGCGGCAGCACAGUAUGCCUGUGUCGAUGCUCGACGGAAACGACAACCAAAGUGGGCUGGGCCAGGGCCAGAGUGGAAUGGGCCAGCGCACGCUGCAGCAGCUAGCGCUGACCAACCGUGUAGCCUCAGGAGGAAGCGGCAACAAUGGUCUGCGGCCGCAGUUUGCUAGACAUAUGCGCGGGCUAUCGGCGUCAGUUUUGCGAAUGGGUAGCAAUGGCAAUGACAAAUCGAGCGUAACAAGAGCGCCUCUGACGUCGCCAUUUGCCAUUGCUGACAACGAUAACAGCAAGCAGUCGGAGGAAGCAGAAAUUGAUCCUGCAGAAGAUCCCAGGUCAAUCGAGCUGGAAGAGAGACAUUCUCAGGACGAUCAUACGACGACAGGCGAUGCAGCGCAUCUCGAGGCAUCCCUCGGCGACAACAGCCGCGAGGCAUCGGACCCCGACAUCGCAAUGCCUGGCAGCGAUUCCGAUCCGCGAAUGCACACGCUAGCUAGUGAUGACGCGCCCGUCUCUGACCUGCAAAAACUGCCAUCAUCCCGACGCAUCAUGGACAGCAUCGCUGUUCCGUCAGAGGUAUUCCGCGCGCGCGCCGAGUGGUUCUUGCGCUGCAUCGCGUUGUGCCAUACGGUGCAGCCUGAUCGUGAUCCGCUGACUGGGCGCAUUACCGGGUACCAGGCCAUAUCGCCUGACGAGAAGGCGCUGGUGGCCGCGGCGGCUGAGCUUGGGUACGUUAUGAAUAACCGUGCCGGCCCGCUGGUGCAGUUGCGCGUGGUGGCAUCGGAACGCAUGCGUGAUUUCAACAGCGCACUGGUGCACGGCCUGAUGACGCCAACGGAGGUCCCUCUUUCUACCCCCGGCAACAGCGGAGGCAAUAGCGGCAGUAGCGGUGACAACACCAGCCAGGAUCCCAGUACAUUGGCGCGCAAGGACGCGCAGAGCACAGCGUCUACAGGCGAGACCGCGCAUGUGAGCUUUGCUGACGCUCCACCCCCUUCGCCCAUCGCCGACAGUCAAGACGCCGGAGAUGCCGCUACCGGAAUGGAUUCCAAAGACGCAGACGCAGAAAGCUUUGAUCGCGGCGUGCCUGCGCCCGACCCUACCGAUCGACUGGGCAACUACGAAGUGCUCGACGUGCUGGAGUUCUCCAGCGCGCGCAAGCGCAUGUCAGUUAUAUACCGGUGCCCUGACGGUCGCAUUGUAAUGAUGUCCAAGGGCGCAGACUCGGCUAUCUGGCCGCGGCUUCUUAAGACCGACCGUAUUGAGUCUAAACCUGGCGACGUGUCAUUCAUGCCACGGCCGUCGGCGCCUGAGCGUGUGGGCGGCGGCAGCUUUGCCGGAUUUAACGGCAGUUGGCUGCCAUUGCGGCGUAAGCUGUCUCACCCGAGCGCCGCAUAUCUGCACUCGCGCAACUCUUCGGUCGCCAGCGCAAGCAAUUUGGAUAUUAUGCGCUUGGGCGGCCAGCAGCAGCAGCAACAGCAGCAGCAGGUGCCAGAGAGCGGGGUGUCGCCUAGGGCACUGGCACGUCUGGUUGACACUGCACAGCAUCAACCGAGAUCACGCACUUUGUCGGGACUCAGCCUAGCGACAGGGCUUGAUUUUUCCAAUGACUACGCGCAAGACCAAUUGGCAGAGUACGGACAGCUCAAAACGUCUGCCGAGGCGGCAGCAGCAUCCGUCGCCGGCGGCAGCGGCGCGUUGGCGGCUCUGCGGCCAUUCAGACCGGCGCACCGGCGGUUAAUGAGCGACUCGCAGUUCAGCGCAGUCAGCGAUGCCAGCAGUUUUGGCGACACGCAGGGACACGUCGAAGUACCCGAUGUGUUUGGUCAGCCGUCGCGCGAGGAGGAGGAAUGGACGAGGGCCAAGGCGCUCGAGGCCCUGCACCAGUUCUCCACAGAGGGUUUGCGCACAUUGGCGUAUGCGCAUAAGGAGAUCAGCGAGUCAGCGUACGAGUCCUGGCACCAGCGAUACAUGGUGGCGACGACAGCGCUGGUUAAUCGCCAGCAACAGGUUGAGGCGGUGUGUGAGGAGAUCGAGGGCGAUUUGCUUCUUUCGGGUGUAUCGGCCAUCGAGGAUCGCCUGCAGGCCGGCGUGCCUGAGACCAUCUUCAAGCUGCGCCGCGCGGGCAUCCGUGUGUGGAUGCUGACCGGCGACAAGGUCGAGACGGCCAUCAAUAUUGCCAAGUCCUGCCGACUCAUUGACACAGACGUUGUGGAAACGACCAAGAUGGAUGAGAGAACGGAGCUGGGCGACCGCAUGACGCUACUGGUCAUGCAGUCGAUGACGGACCGCGGGGAGCUGGACCGCAUUCUGUCGCAGGCCCUGGCCACUGCGCGCGCCAUGACGGCCACGGCCACCGUUGACGAGCGGUUUGAGAGCCGGUCGCGGAUGGAGAAACUGCGCCGCGGAAUGAAGCGCUUUGGCGGAUUCUUUGUCCCGUCGCGCGUGCGCAGCCGCGCAGAUGCCUGCAUGGAGGAGCCCCUUUUGUCCGGAGACAAUAAUAGCAGACUGAGCAGCAAGUCGCCGGCCAUUGCGGCAGAAGUUGGACACCACCGGCGCCUGGAUCAGAACAUCGUUCAAAACCAAGUUCAAGGCCAGGGCCAGCAGCCAAUUGCCGGCGGUGGUGGUGCGGCUGCGAUCUCGGAGGUUGGGUGGGCAGACGAUGUGCAGCGUGGCGCUACGCCCACGACACUGCUCGGCCUGGCCAAGGACUCGCGUGCCAAGCGCACGCUGUCAAUCUCAACGGACGUCUCGUCACAGGCGAGCGACGCAACACGGGCAGCCGCAGCAGCAUCGAAGCAGCCGACCAUCAACAACGCCAACACCGUAAGCGAGCCCAAGAGCCAAGGCGCGUCGCUCGCAGUGGUCAUUGACGGCGAGACGCUAGCCACCAUCGAGGAAAGCGGCAGCGGAGCAGCGGCCGAGGGCGGACUGCUCGACAAGUUCUUGACGCUGGGCACGUUGUGCGACGCGGUCAUUUGCUCGCGCGUGUCGCCGUCGCAGAAGGCACUGAUCGUGCACAACAUGCGGGUGCGCUGCGAGCGCGGGUCGUCGCCAAAGACUCACCAAGGGUGGUGGGCACGGGCAACACAGCUGCUGCGGCACGACAACGACCGGUACAUGGUGACGCUGGCCAUUGGCGACGGCGGCAACGACAUUGCAAUGAUUCAGGAGGCGCACGUCGGAAUUGGUAUCGCCGGGCAGGAGGGGCUUCAGGCGAGUCGCGCGGCAGACUUCUCCAUCGGGCAGUUCCGGUUCCUGCAGAAGCUGCUGCUGGUGCAUGGCCGGUGGAGCUACGUUCGCGUGUCGAUGUUUAUUAUGGGCACGUUCUACAAGUGCAUGUCGUUCUACCUGGCGCAGCUGAUAUUCCAGUUCUACACCGGAUUCAGCGGCACAUCCUUGUUUGAGAGCUGGACGCUGUCGAUGUACAACACGCUGUUCUCGAUUCUGCCUGUGCUCGUCGUUGGUAUUUUCGAGCAGGACUUGCGGCCAGAGACGCUUCUAGCGUACCCUGAGCUGUAUCGCGAUAUGGGUCCGCGGAACCACUUGUUUACUGUGCCGCUUUUCAUGCGCCGCGUGAUGGUCAUUGGCGUGUUGCACUCUGUCGUCGCAGCGUACUUCCCCUUUGCCACCGGGCUGUUCUUGGGCGAGAACGCGUCGUCGGACGAUAUGUUUACCACAGGCUUUGUCGUCUACAGCAUCAUGGUACUCGUUGUCACGCUGAAGAUUGCGUACCUGGACGUGCGCCGGUGGGUGGUUUUCUCGCACAUCAGUGUUGUCGUCACGCUGCUUGUGUGGUUUGGGUGGAACGGCGUUCUGGCGCACGUCUAUCCGCCCUCUUCGGGCGACGGCUAUAUUGUUCUCGGCACGUUCUUGCGGCUGAUGCGUCAGGGCAACUUUUGGUUCCAGUGGAUCAUCUUUGCGGCUAUUGCGCUGUCGCUCAAUGUGCUGAUUAUGCUGGUGUACAAUGUGAAGGAUCCGGUUGAGCAUCGGAUUACGUCGUGGGUUGCUUUUGAGAGAAAGCAGGAGCACGAGAGGAAUAGGCUGAUGAGACAGGCUUGGCUGCAGAGCAAGGGCGCAUUUGGCCGGCUUGUCGGCGGCCGAUCAAUGUCGCCACCUUACUGA